UGAGAGACCUCAGUUGUUCACGAAGCACUGUCAAUAUUGUUGAAAAGUUAAUUAUAAAUCCGUCAGCCGGUACGAGAGUGAAUUACCAAUUGCAUAAAAUAAAUUAUUAUAUUUUGAAUAACUGUGAACAUUAAAGUGCUAAUAUAAAAAUUAUAUUGUAACGAAAUGGCGAAUCCCAAUCAAGCACCCAAAUAUACACAGCUUUUUAUCAACAAUGAGUUCGUUGACGCUGUAUCUGGCAAAAAGUUUCCAACCAUCAAUCCCGCAACUGGCAAAUUGAUAGUCGAAGUUGCCGAGGGCGAUAAGGCUGAUGUGGACUUGGCCGUGACCGCCGCUAAGAAGGCAUUCCAUAGAAACUCCGAAUGGCGCACAAUGAGUCCACUGCAACGCACCGAGCUGAUGAACAAACUGUGCAGCCUCAUGGACCGCGACAAGCAGGCAUUGGCUAGCCUUGAGACACAAGACAAUGGCAAACCAUAUGCCGAAGCUGUUUUCGAUGUGGAAAUAUCCAUUAUGACGCUGAAGUACUAUGCCGGCUGGACCGAUAAGUAUUUCGGUGACACCAUACCCGCUGGCGGCUACAUUGCAAUGACACGCAAGGAGCCAGUCGGUGUGGUAGGUCAAAUCAUUCCCUGGAACUAUCCAUUGCUUAUGUUGGCCUGGAAGUGGGGACCUGCACUCGCUGUGGGCUGUACGAUUGUGAUGAAACCAGCCGAGCAGACACCACUCACCGCACUGCAUAUGGCCGCCUUGACUAAGGAAGCUGGUUUUCCUGCGGGCGUCAUCAACAUCAUAACCGGUUAUGGGCCCACUGCUGGUGCGGCAAUCUCCAAGCAUCACGAUGUGCAGAAGGUGGCAUUCACUGGCUCCGUUGAUGUUGGACGCAUUGUUAUGCAAGCUGCAGCGCAAUCGAAUUUGAAACGUGUUUCGCUGGAGUUGGGUGGCAAGAGUCCGAUUGUGGUGUUUGAAGAUGCUGAUCUUGACUUGGCGGUGGACAUCACUCACGAGGCGCUUUUCUCCAAUCACGGUCAGAGCUGUUGUGCCGGUAGUCGCACCUAUGUGCACGAGAAGAUCUACGAUAAGUUUGUUGCUAAAGCUACGGCUGCCGCUAAAGCGCGCAAGGUCGGCAAUCCAUUCGAUGAGUCCGUGAAACAGGGUCCACAAAUCGAUGAAGAAAUGAUGAGCAAAGUGCUGGGCUAUAUCGAAAGUGGCAAGAAGCAGGGUGCUAAGUUGCAAUGCGGUGGCAAGCGCAUCGGCGAUGUGGGCUACUUCAUCGAGCCGACUGUGUUCUCCGAUGUUACCGAUGGCAUGAAAAUUGCACAGGAGGAGAUUUUUGGGCCCGUCAUGUCAAUUUUUAAAUUCAGCAACCUCGAUGAGAUGAUUGAGCGUGCUAAUGAUGUGAAGUACGGCUUGGCGGCUGGCGUGAUCACUAACGACAUCAAUAAGGCGAUAAAAUAUGCCAACAGCGUGGAUGCCGGCUCCAUUUGGAUCAACUGCUACGAUGCCGUGCUACCGCAAACACCAUUUGGCGGCUACAAGCAGUCCGGCAUUGGCCGUGAGCUAGGAAAGGAUGGCUUGGAUAAUUACCUGGAGACCAAAACUAUCACCAUGAAGUUGAACUAAGCUUCCGCCCAAAGACAGAUUCCUUUUUUUAUACACAUUUACUUGUAUGUAUGUAUAUUUCAAUAUCAUAUAUUUAUGUAAUACACGCACACAGUGGUUAAAAAGAUUGAAAUAUAUUCGUAUGAAAUCAAUAAAUAAAUAUUUUAAAUAAAAAAUGGGUAAAAUUAAA